AUGACACUCGCGUUGCCACGGGCAACGACACUCGCAUCGCCGCGGGCAACGACACUCGCAUCGCCGCGAGCGACGACGCUCGCGUCGCCGCGGGCAACAACACUCGCGUCACACCGCGGGCAACGGCAUUCGCGCUGCCGCGGGCAACAACACUCACGUUACACUGCGGGCAACGGCACUCGUGUCACUGCCGGCAAUGACACUCGCGUCGCCGCGGGCAACGACACUCGCGUCGCCGCGGGCAACGAUAGUCGCGUCACACCGCGGGCAACGACACUCGUGUCACUGCCGGCAAUGACACUCGUGUCGCCGCGGGCAACGACACUUGCAUCGCCGCGGGCAACGACACUCGCGUCACACCGCGGGCAACGACACUCGCGUCGCCGCAGGCAACGACACUCGCGUCACACCGCGAGCAACGACACUCGCAUCGCCGCGGGCAACGACACUCGCAUCGCCGCGAGCAACGGCACUCGCGUCACACCGCCGGCAAUGACACUCGCGUCGCCGCAGGCAACGACGCUCGCGUCGCCGUGGGCAAAGACACUCGCAUCGCCGCGGGCAACAACACUCGCGUCACACCGCGAGCAACGGCACUCUUGUCACACCGCCGGCAAUGACACUCGCGUCAGCGCAGGCAACGACACUCGCAUCGCCGCGGGCAACGACACUCGCGUCAGUGCAGGCAACAACACUCGCAUCGCCGCGGGCAACGACACUCGCGUCGCCGCGGGCAGCGACACUCGCAUCGCCGCGGGCAAUGACACUCGCGUCAGCGCAGGCAACGACACUCGCAUCGCCGCGGGCAACGACACUCGCAUCGCCGCGGGCAACGACACUCGCGUCGCCGCGGGCAGCGACACUCGCAUCGCCGCGGGCAACGACACUCGCGUCACACCGCGGGCAACGACACUCGCGUCGCCGCGG